AUGGCAGACAGUGCGAAGAGACUACCACUCACCGCGGAAAACCCAGAAUUGAAGAAGAGCCCAUCGGGGCGCAUGUCCGAUGACGGAAUUAAGAGGACGCCCUCUGGCAAACCAAUACAGACAAUGUAUGUAUUAAACAGGAAAGGAGAGGAAGAAGAUAUUUCAUUUGACCAGAUUCUAAAAAGGAUACAGAGGCUUUCCUACGGAUUGCACGAAUUGGUAGACCCCGCGAGAGUAACCCAAGGAGUGAUAAACGGAAUGUACAGCGGAAUUAAGACGUGCGAAUUGGAUGAACUAGCAGCACAGACAUGUGCCUACAUGGCUACGACACAUCCGGAUUUCUCCAUCCUGGCAGCGAGAAUUACCACCGAUAAUCUGCACAAAAAUACCAGUGACGAUAUAGGAGAAGUCGCAGAAGCGCUAUAUAUGUACAAAGAUGUGAGAGGAAGACCGGCUAGUCUGAUCAGCAAAGAAGUAUAUGACUUCAUGAUUCAACAUAAGGACAGAUUGAACAAAGAAAUUGACUAUACACGCGAUUUUAAUUACGAUUACUUUGGAUUUAAGACGUUAGAAAGAUCGUACCUCCUUCGAAUUAAUGGAAAGAUUAUCGAGCGACCACAACAUCUGCUGAUGAGAGUAUCCAUCGGAAUCCACAUUGGAGAUCUGGACAGAGCGCUCGAGACGUACCAUCUCAUGUCACAGAAAUAUUUUACGCACGCAACUCCUACGUUGUUCAAUUCUGGGACGCCAAGGCCGCAAAUGUCCUCCUGUUUUCUCCUCUGCAUGAAAUCGGAUUCAAUUGAAGGCAUUUUCGAGACUCUAAAGCAAUGUGCCCUGAUUAGCAAAACAGCUGGUGGGAUUGGAGUGGCCGUACAGGAUAUAAGAGGACAAAACUCCUACAUCAGAGGGACCAACGGAAUAUCCAACGGGUUAGUACCAAUGCUUAGAGUGUUUAAUGAUACAGCCAGAUAUGUAGAUCAAGGUGGCGGAAAAAGAAAGGGAUCCUUUGCCGUGUAUAUCGAACCGUGGCACUCAGAUAUAUUCGAAUUUUUAGAUCUUCGUAAAAAUCACGGUAAGGAAGAACUCCGAGCUAGGGAUCUUUUCUAUGCUGUAUGGGUACCUGAUCUCUUCAUGAAGAGAGUAAAGGAAAAUAAAAAUUGGACUCUCAUGUGUCCGAAUGAAUGUCCAGGGUUAAGUGAAUCCUGGGGAGAAGAAUUCGAAAAAUUAUACACAAAAUAUGAGGAGGAGAAUAUGGGCAAAAAAACAGUCCUAGCACAAGAUCUCUGGUUUGCCAUUCUGCAGAGUCAGAUAGAAACCGGUGUCCCUUACAUGCUCUACAAAGAUUCCUGUAAUGCUAAAUCGAAUCAGAAAAAUUUAGGCACAAUAAAAUGUAGUAACCUCUGCUGUGAGAUCAUCGAGUAUACUUCUCCUGACGAAGUGGCCGUGUGCAACUUGGCUUCCAUUGCGUUGUGCAAAUUUGUCGAUGUAGAGAAAAGAGAAUUCAAUUUUAAGAAACUAUACGAGAUUACCAAAAUUAUUACCCGAAAUUUGGAUCAGAUCAUAGAGAGGAAUUACUACCCUGUGGAGGAGGCCAAGCGAUCAAACAAGAGACACAGACCGAUAGGCAUAGGAGUACAGGGCUUAGCAGACACGUUUAUGCUUCUUAGAUACCCUUACGAAUCCGAUUCUGCGAAAGAGUUAAAUAAACGCAUUUUCGAAACAAUGUAUUAUGCUGCUUUGGAGAUGUCCAUGGAAUUGGCACAAGUGUAUGGACCGUAUGAAACCUACCAGGGCAGUCCAGCUAGCCAAGGAAUCCUCCAAUUCGACAUGUGGAAUGUCAAGGUGGAUAAUAAAUAUUGGGACUGGGAUGACCUGAAGGCAAAGAUAAAGAAGCAUGGAUUGAGAAAUUCGCUCUUGUUGGCCCCCAUGCCUACUGCUUCCACGUCACAGAUUCUUGGGAACAAUGAGUCCUUUGAGCCAUACACCAGUAACAUCUACUACAGGCGGGUUCUCAGUGGAGAGUUUUUCGUAGUGAACCCACAUUUACUGAAGGACCUCUUCGAUCGUGGUCUCUGGGAUGAGGACAUGAAGCAGCAGCUAAUUGCCCACAAUGGAAGUGUGCAAUAUAUCAGCGAAAUUCCCACCGAUUUGAAGGAGCUCUAUAAGACCGUUUGGGAGAUCAAGCAGAAGAACAUCAUCGAUAUGGCGGCCGACCGGGGCGCCUUCAUCGAUCAGUCCCAAUCGCUCAACAUCUACAUCCAGAAGCCCACCUUCGCGAAGCUCUCCAGCAUGCACUUCUACGGAUGGGAGAAGGGACUGAAGACAGGAGCGUACUACCUCAGAACGCAGGCCGCGACGGACGCAAUAAAAUUCACAGUCGACACGCAGGUGGCAAAGAAUGCCGCGAAGAUGAAGAACGCCGAGGGAGUAGCCAUUACGAGGGAGGUGUCCAGGGAGACCAUUUCGACGGAGUCCACCAUCACGCAAAAUACCGUGUGUCAGCUGCGUCGCAACAACGACGAACAGUGCUUGAUGUGCUCGGGCUGA